GGAAUAUACCUUCAUGUAUGUGCUGGAUCUUUAAUUGAUUAUGACUCCGUGCUAACAGCAGCACACUGCGUUGAAAACAGGACAACACCAAAGCUUUGGAUGGCUGUGUUUGGCUUGCGACGACUUUAUGGAGACAAGAGUCAUUCUGUAAACAGCCAGGUGAUGGAAAUCAGGCCCCACUGUCGUUAUGAUACAAGAAGUAAUGUAAACGAUAUUGCCUUGUUGAAAUUAAGCCAGGUUAUCACAUACAAUGACUAUAUUCAGCCCAUCUGUUUACCUAGCACUCCUCUUCUCUUGAGUGACAGGAACCCAUGUUAUAUAAGUGGAUGGGGAUUGACAAAAGAGAAUGGUACACCAAGUUAUAUAUUACAAGAAGCUGAAAUAAAAGUUUUUCCACUCAAAGUCUGUAAUAGUUACGAUUGGUAUAAUGGACGACUAUCAAGGAAUCAGCUUUGUGCUGGCUCUGAAAGUGGACAUGUUGACACCUGUCUGGGAGACAGUGGUGGUCCUCUGAUGUGUUAUUUGCCAGAUGAUGGCAAGUUUUACCUGGUAGGAAUCACGAGCUAUGGUAUUGGCUGUGGUCGACCAAAAUUACCAGGAAUCUAUAUACAUACAGCUAAAUACAGAAGUUGGAUAGAUUCACGCCUACGUGGCAAAACCUCCAUUGUGAGCAUUCCAUGUGUUCUGAUUUUUUCAGCUGUGGUGUGGGUAACCAUGCAUCUUGUUCUGUGGCUUGGGGAGAGGUCGUCCCCAUCCUCCCUCGUUGCCGGCUCUCGGGAUUCUCUUAUCGAUCCCCGACAGGAGACUCCCGCCCCGAGGAACAAGCGAUCUAACCGACGGGCAAAGUUUCCUCGACGGACGAUGCGGCGAAGCCGUCGCAGGGCAGCCGCUGCGCCGCUGCUGGCGCUGGUGCUGGGUCAAGCCGUGACCCUGAACCUAACGUCUCUGCUUCCCUCGGAGGAUUGCGGGACAAGGCCUCUGAUGGGUGAGAUGACAGAAUGGAAUCGGAUUGUGGGUGGACGUGACGCUGAGCCAGGGGCAUGGCCAUGGCAAGUUAGUCUUCAAGUUUACCGCUUUGGUACAGGAUAUCACCAUAUAUGUGGUGGAUCCGUGAUUAAUAACUACUCAGUGCUGACAGCAGCACACUGCAUUAAAAAAUGGACGGAUCCAGCAUUUUGGAGGGUUGUAUUUGGCUUGCACCAUCUUUAUAACUAUGAAUCUUCUACUGUAAAGCGCCAUGUCAGAGCUAUCGUGAUGCAUUCUGGUUUCAAGAGAAGCACGUAUGAAAAUGAUGUUGCCUUGUUUAAACUAAAAAGGCCUAUCAGCUACAGCAAUUAUAUUCAGCCUAUCUGCUUACCUAACAGCACUACUCAACUAGUGGCAGAUGAAAACCCAUGUUUCAUAAGUGGAUGGGGAAACACAGAGGAGAAGGGUAGAGGAAAAUUUAUAUUACAAGAAGCUCAAGUUGACGUUAUUCCACUAUAUAUCUGCAAUAGAUAUGACUGGUAUGCAGGCGUAGUAUCAUGGAAUAUGCUUUGUGCUGGUUCUGAAACUGGACAUGUGGAUAGCUGCCAGGGGGACAGUGGAGGACCUCUGGUGUGUUACUUUCCAGAUUACACCAAGUUUUAUCUGAUAGGAAUCACCAGUUUUGGUGUUGGCUGUGGCCGACCCAAACUUCCUGGAAUCUAUAUACGUGCAAAAAAUUAUCGACCAUGGAUAGAUAAAGCAGUCGCAAUAUUCAGCAGAACUUCUACUAUGAGCAUUCGACACAUUCUCAUGUUUUUGACCAUUGGAUUGGUAACCUUCCAUCUUGUUCUAUGAAAAGUCCUGUUGUUUUGGAAUUUUAUACUUUUCCUUUUAAAAUGUAUUCAUUCCUCUUGAAAACAAGUAUAUGGAGUCAUUUGUUUUUAUAAUAAUGAAUACUUUGUACUCAGUUGUUUAACCUUGUCCAAAAUGAAUGGAAAAAUCAUUCAUUAAAAAUGUCAUUCCAAAAGGCAUUGUGCAGUUACAUUUAUAUGUUUUGGAGGCUGUAAGUUAUAUUGUGACUAUUGUACUGCUAGGCUGCAAUAUGAAAAAAGAGCAUGGUCUCAAAAACAUGCAGAAAAUUGUAAUUUAAUAUGUGAAAGAAAUGUUUUAAUUCUUCAGAGGCUUAAUUUACAAAAUUCAUAUGACCCUAUCCCAAAUGUAUAUUUCCAUAUUCUAUAAGAAAUGUACAUGAUAGAUGCCUACCAUUGCCAUGCUUUUCUGUAU